AUGCCGUCCGCGCUCGCAACGCUGAACGAGUGCGUCUGGGGCGACUACCUUUCCGCGCAGCAGGGCCGCCUCGCCCCUCUCCCGGACGUCUCCCACCUCACGCCGCGGGUGGUCCGCAUCAUGGGUGGCAACGCGGGUCUGAUGCGUCUCCAGGGCACCAACACCUACCUCAUAGGCACCGGCCGGCGCCGCCUCCUCAUCGACACAGGCCAGGGAUUCCACGCCUGGAUCGACAGCCUGCUCCGCGUUCUAGACGACCUCAACAUCGAGCUGAGCCACGUCCUACUGACGCACUGGCACAGCGACCAUACGGGCGGCGUGCCGGAUCUCCUUGUCCGCCGCCCCGAAUACGCCGACUGCGUCUACAAGUGCGACCCGGACGUCGGCCAGCGGGCCAUCGUGAACGGGCAGGUCUUUUCCGUUGAGGGCGCCACUGUGCGCGCCGUCUUCACGCCCGGCCACGCCCACGACCACAUGUGCUUCAUGCUGGAGGAAGAGAACGCCCUCUUCACCGGCGAUAACGUGCUCGGCCAGGGCCAGAGCGUUUUCGAAGACCUUGGUACCUUCACGCAGAGUUUGGCAGAUAUGGCUGCUCUGGGGUGCCGCGUAGGGUACCCCGGCCACGGGCCUGUCAUUGCCGACCUGCCGCACAAGAUGGACGAGUGCAUUCGCCAGAAGGAGGCGAGGGAGCGGCAUGUUCGGGUGACGCUUGAGGCUGGCAGGGCGAUUUCUUUGCCUUCUUCUUCUUCUUCUUCUUCUUCUUCUCCUCAGCUCAGCCUCGGCGGGAAGGGGAGUUUGAGGGUCACGGAGCUCGUGGAGCGUAUGUAUGGCGGUCUUCCUGGGGAUGUGUCACAGCUGGUUGUUCGCCCUAGUGUGUUGGCCAUUCUGGAUAAGCUUGCGGAGGAGCGGAAGGUCGGGUUUGAGAUGGUUCACGGGGAGCAGCGGUGGUUUGCGCAGGAGGCGAAGAGGCCGCGACGCUUGGAGGGGAGACUGCGGCCUUUGGCUGGGUCGCGAGCUGCGACGAUAUUGUAA